AUGGCCGAGACCUCCUCCCCGCUCUUUGCUCAGUAUGAGAGGGAGUACGCGACGAAAAGCACAGAGGCCAGUCGUAAGAUACAGUCGCUAGGUCCCUUGCGGGGAGACCAGCGGCAGAAGCGAGUGAAGGAGGCAGAAGCAGACCUCCUGGAGGCCGAACACAUUCUGCAACGGCUGGACAUCGAGGCGCGGUCCCUUCCCCCCGUCACCUCGAGGGCCCUCCUGCAGAAGCUCAAGGAUUACAAGGCCGACAUCGCAAAGCUGCGUAGCGAUGCCAAAACGGCGGGGACCUCCAGCGUGGAGAGCCGGGCGGAGCUGGGGCUAGGGAACGAGUACUUCCAGACCUCGGCAGGGCAGCGGGACCGGCUGCUCACCGCCACCGACAGGCUGGGCAAGACCAGCGACCGCAUCCAGGCCGGGCGGCAGCAGCUGCUGGAGACAGAGGCGGUGGGGACGGCGGUCCUGCAGCAGCUCGCGGGCCAGCGGGCGGCCAUCCAGCGCAGCAGAGACUCGGCAGCGUCCGAGCUGGGUAUCUCGGUGCUGGGGGACCUGCAGCGGCAGCGGGAGACCAUCCUGCACUCCCGCGACGCGCUGGCGGGGGUGGACGAGGGGAUCAGCCGGUCGCGGGCCAUCCUGUCCAGCAUGUCGCGCCGCAUCAUGCAGAACAAGAUUAUCAUGUGGGGCAUCGUGGCCCUACUCCUGGGAGCCAUCGGGCUCAUCGUGUGGGCCAAGCUGUCCUGA